AUGUUAAUGCAGCUGCAAUCCUACGAUAUCAAUUUGGUGUACAAGAAACAAAGCGAAAUGUACAUAGCUGAUGCGCUCUCGCGUGCAUUUCCUCCCGAGAUUGUACAUGAAGAAUUUGAAGACAUCGCGUCAGAAAGAUUUAUCCAUCUGAUGUCAUCAAAGUCUUACGUCACAGACCGGAAACUUCAAGCCAUCAAAGAUGAAAUCCGCAAAGACAAGACGAUGCAACUCUUGAUAUUGAUACUAACGGAGUUAAAACCUUAUUAUCCAUACCGUGAAGAACUAACAACGGACGAUGGUCUUAUCUACAAGAGCCACAACAUCCUGAUUCCACCAACAUUGCAAGCUGAUACUCUCCAGAAACUGCAUCAAUCGCAUCAAGGCACUGAGAAGACCAAGAGACUGGCUAGAGAGAGCAUAUUCUGGCCAGGUAUGAACGCACAAAUAGAAGAACUAGUGUCAAACUGCUCAACAUGUCAGUACUACGCAAAUGCCAAUCAACGAGAGCCACUCCAUCCACACGAUAUUUCCAGUCGUCCCUGGCAAAAAAUUGGCUCAGACCUUUUUGAUUGGAAUGGAAAACCACAUCGAAUAGUUGUUGAUUAUUAUAGCCGGUAUCCCAAAGUGGCUGAACUUCAAGACACGAAAGCACAAACAGUUAUUAACAAGACAAAGUCCAUAUUCAGUCGUCAUGGAAUCCCAGAAACUGUGGUGUCCGACAAUGGCCCACAAUACUCGUCGGAAGAAUACAGACAGUGUGCAAAAGACUUUAAUUUUUGUCACAACACCAUAAGUCCGAGAUAUCCACAGUCUGGUGGAUUACAUGAGAAUACAGUCCAAACAAUGAAGAAUAUUCUAAGGAAAUGCAAAGCUAACGGCGAAGAUCCAUACCUUGCGUUGUUAGAUUAUCGUAAAACCCCUAUUAACGGUGUAACUCCGGCGCAAACACUAAUGAGCAGACGACUUCGAUCAACCAUUCCCACCUCUCAAAGAAAGCUUAAUCCAAAGCUCAUCAACCGAACUACGUUUAAAGCAGCACGUCAAGAACAGCCAGAACAGCAAAGAAAACACUAUGAUCGUACAGCCAAGUCAUUGGCACCACUGGAAGAAGGAGAUAUUGUUCGAUUUCGUAAAGAUCCUGCAGCACCAUGGACUCGCGGAACGGUAACACGAAAACAUGAAGCACCCAGAAGCUACAUAGUAAAAGGGGACAACGGGACAGAAUACAGACGGAAUCGCAGACAUCUAAGAAAGACAAAUGAAGAAAUAUCUGAUUACAACACCACGGAUAUUGACGGUGCUCAAGUUCUGACUCCGCAACAACAAGAAGCCAGUACAGAAAAAGACAACGUCUCAAAACCAACACAAACGGAUACAAAUCACCAAGUGAAAACAAGUCGUUAUGGUAGACGAAUCAACCCAAAUCCAAUUUACAAGACUUGA